CCACCUCUCUAGAGCGUUCUGGAGCCUGGAGGAGAGGAGCGCUGGGAGGAGAUGAAGCGUUCACCCCCUCCCCCCAACACAACGGAGGGCUCAUCCAAGAGGAGGCUGCGAGGGAGCGGGGACGCGCACGCAGAGGGGAGCGCGCACGCAGCGCCCCCGUACCCCAGCAAAUAGUCUGUUAUCUUAGGUCAGUGAUGCAGGAAUGCUGGUUAGUGAAGCAGGACAACUGCCACCAACGAAUCAGACUGCCACAUUUAGAAACAGUGGUGAUAGGACGUGGUCCAGAGACCAAGAUAACCGAUAAGAAAUGUUCACGACAACAAGUACAGUUGAAAGCAGAAUGCAAUAAGGGUUAUGUCAAAGUAAAGCAGAUGGGAGUCAAUCCAACCAGUGUUGACUCAGUAAUUAUUGGGAAAGACCAGGAGGCCACGCUAAAGCCAGGACAGAUUCUCCACAUUGUGAAUGAACUUUACCCUUACACUGUACAAUUUAUAGAAGAAACUGAGACACCUGUCCUGGGAAGAGAAAGGAAGAGGAAGAGGCCUGGUGACAAUAACCACAAUGAAAAGGGUGAGGACAAUAAAGCAGAAAAGGUGGUGGGAAUGGAGCCCUUGGACCGUUCAGAGCGGACUUCAGUUCAUAAGCCAAGCAGCGCCAAAUCUGCUGAAGCCCUCAAAAAAGGUGACAGUACUUCCAGCAAAAAGGCAUCUUUUGGACAUUGGAGUCAAGGUUUGAAGAUUUCUAUGCAUGACCCCAAAAUGCAGGUAAGAUGAAGCACUAUAUUUGAA